AUGCCGGCCGUGCUGGACCUACCCCAGCUGCCUUCGGUGCAGAGGCUGCUGCAGGCCGAGGCCUCCGCCCUGCGGCAGACGUGGGAGGCCUCUGACGCCGCUGCGCUGGAGGCGGAGAUCCAAAAGUACAAGGCCGCACUGUCGGAUGUGCUGGAGGAGCUCAAGCGCCUAGGCGUCGACACGGGGGAGGAGGAGGCCGGGGAUGCAGAGGGGCAGGAGGGUGUGGAGGGUGUGGACUGGCGGUACGGUUCCGUAGAAGAGCUAGACCCCUCGGAGUGGCAGGUGCCGCCGCACUGCAUCCCCAUCCACGCCAACGUGACGACGUACGACUGGAGCCGCCUGAUACGCGCCACGCAGUUUGACGUCGUCAUGAUGGACCCGCCCUGGCAGCUGGCCACAGCCAACCCCACCCGCGGCCUCACCGACCAGCACAUUGCGCAGCUGCCCAUCCCCAAGCUGCAGCAGAACGGGCUGCUGUUUGUGUGGGUCAUCAACGCCAAGUACCAGUUCUGCCUGGACCUCUUUGACCAAUGGGGCUAUGAGCUGGUGGAUGAGGUGGUGUGGGUGAAGAUGACGGUGAACCGGCGGCUGGCCAAGAGCCACGGCUUCUACCUGCAGCACGCCAAGGAGGUGUGCCUGGUGGCGCGCAAGGGAGACGACCCGCCCGGCAUGCGGGGAGGCGUGGGCUCAGACAUCAUCUACAGCGAGCGGCGGGGGCAGAGCCAGAAGCCUGAGGAGAUCUACCAGCUCAUAGAGAAGCUGGUGCCCAACGGCAAGUAUCUGGAGAUCUUUGGGCGCAAGAACAACCUGCGGGACUAUUGGGUGACGGUGGGCAACGAGGUGACGGGGCAGGGGCCGCCCCGCGGCGACCAGCGCGCGAUAGAGGAGGGCCUGCGCAUACCCAACGCCGUGUACGGCAGGGCGGGGUGA